GGUUUGGCUAUCUCCUAAUUAAGGAGAGUCGAAAUACUGAUUGCAAGUGAGUCCUGUCAGUCUGUUGGAUGUCUCUGAGAAUAUAAGAAGUCAUGGAAGAAAACGAUGCAACGCCAACCUUACCAAAAAAGUGUGGCCCAUACAUUUCAUCUAUAACCAGUCGUGGCAUGAAUUUGGUAAUUCGUGGCAUAGUGCUGUUUUUUAUUGGCGUAUUUCUUGCAUUAGUAUUAAACUUGCUUCAGAUCCAGAGAAACGUUACUCUCUUCCCCCCUGAUGUGCUCACAAGCAUCUUCUCCUCAGCCUGGUGGGUACCACCUUGCUGUGGCACAGCAUCAGCUGUGAUUGGGUUAUUGUACCCAUGCAUGGACAGACAUCUGGGAGAGCCACAUAAAUUUAAGAGAGAAUGGUCCAGUGUCAUGCGAUGUGUAGCUGUCUUUGUGGGAAUAAAUCAUGCCAGUGCUAAAGUGGAUUUUGCCAACAAUAUCCAGUUGUCUCUCACAUUAGCAGCACUGUCAAUUGGACUGUGGUGGACAUUUGAUAGAUCACGGAGUGGCUUUGGUCUUGGAGUAGGAAUUGCUUUUCUGGCCACGUUGGUGUCACAACUUCUGGUCUACAAUGGAGUUUAUCAGUACACAUCUCCAGAUUUCCUCUAUGUUCGUUCCUGGUUGCCAUGUAUAUUUUUUGCUGGUGGAAUAACUAUGGGCAAUAUUGGCAGGCAGCUGGCAAUGUAUGAAUGCAAAGUAAUUGCAGAGAAGUCUCACGAAGACUGAGGAGAAACCAUAUGCACCUUUUAAACAGGAACAUAAUCUGACAAAUGACUGUCAGAGGAGCAUAAGGAACAUUUGACUAUGAAAUUGCCAAAAUGCAAUUUUUUUUCCUUGAGUGGUAUACUUUACUGCAAUCUGUGAUUGCUGCUUCUAUAAAAACCUUGAUGUCUGAUUUUGAUUACUGUGAAGUUAAAAUAGUAUGCAAUACAUUUGACAAUACUGGUUCAAUUAUAGGAUUCUCUUCCCCAAAUGGAAAUUGAGUCUACUGUAAGCUCUGGGUCUGUCCCUAAUGUUGCAGUGCCAAACUGAACCUUUGCACUACGUUUCUGUACCUGAAACUUCUGCUUCACUUUAUCUUGAAAGUUUUGAGGAUUUUGUUCUUAAUAGCUCAGUGAAGGACGGGGGAUUCCAAUUUAGGAAUGGACAUCUUCUGUUUCCAUGAUGAUAGCCUGUAAUAUCUUUAUGAAAUUAAUGGAGUACAGGUGAUCUUUGAUGCAGUGAGUAGCUGAUUUCUGGCUUUUAA